UCCAAAAUCCCUAACGGUGAGGGUGGCAACUCCUUCUUCUUCUAGCAGCGCCUUCUUUCUUCUAGCAACGCCUUCUCUACUUCAACAACCCCAGAAUGGAUGAAUUUUCUGUGGAAGUUCAUCAUGGUGGGAAAUUUUUUGAGUGAUCCAAUUACGUAUUAGGGGGUUGCUAUAAAUUAUUUUGAUGGUAAUGAAUGAGAUUGUUGGUCUGCCCAAGAAUUGAGAAAUAUGGUUGAGAAGUUGGGGUAUACGAGUUAUGGUAAGUUGUGGUAUAGGAUGCCUAUGGUGAGCUUGGAGGAUGGUGGGCUUAGGCCUGUAACUAUUGACAAUGAUGAUUUGGCUAUGAGUAUGGUAGAUGUUGUUCAGGGGCAUAAGGUGAUAGAGUUGUAUGUAGAGCACUGUGUGGAUGUGCCUAACAUAAUUGAUGAUGUGGGAGAUGAUAUAAACUAUUCUAAAAAUUCUAAAGACUCAAGUGGUAGUGAUGAUGCUUUUGAUAAGAUGGUGAUGGGACCAGUAGAUUUAGGCCAGGCAAGCAAAGAACAAGAUAGUAACAUGGCGAUGGGGUCAAAUGCCAAGAUCGCAAUUGGUCUUAGUGACAAUGACCAACCUUAUGAAUCUGAGGAGCUUUUAAGUAUGGAUGAUGAUGAUGACAACAAUGUUAUACUUCCUUAUCCUGUGUUCGUACCUCCUACAAACCCAAAACAUACCAACUUUGUAAAGGGAAUGCUGUUUAUUUCACUUGAACAGUUUAAGAAUGCUGUAACUGAUUAUGCAGUUCAUGGGGGCUAGGGUAUUUGGUUUUAAAAAAAUGAUAAAUUUCGAGUGAGGGCAAUUUAUCAAGAUGGGUGUAAGUGGAUAGCAUAAGCCGAAGAGGCCCAGGAGAAAAGCAAUUGAUACGCCAAGGGGGAAAAUAAAGCCUUGGGUCAGCAAUGUACCACUUCUAGAAAUAUGGGGUCCACCUCCUUCAUGGAAAGGAAACUCUUCUGUAACCAAAGAAACAUUGAUGGCUGCUAGUCAAACUGCAAGGUAUAGGGAGGCAUUCAACAUACUUGGUAGUCAGGAAUCAAUUCAUGCACCACCAUCAUUUAGGCGACAAAGCGAGAAAGGAAAGGAAGGAAGUCGUGGCUAAUUUUUAUUUACAUUCAUUUUAAAGACCAGUCAGAAUUUUUAUUUGUUUUGACUUAUAUUCUAUUAUGGAUUCAUAUUUUAAGUCAACUACCAAUUCGUUUCAUGCACUUUGGAUGUUCAUUUUAAGUUAUGUUGUGUAUUGAUAAGUUUGAUAUGUCAUGUAAUUUGACUAUUGAGUA